AUGAAAUUCCAAACACAACUCCUCAUAGUUCUCCCACUUCUUGUCCUUCCCACCAACGCUUGUCUUACCGUACUUUCCGAAUGGUUGAUCGAAGGCUGGCAAGGUAUCGUUAUGGACAAUUCCUGGCCUCGAUGCUAUAAUCAAUGGGUUCCCUCCGACGUCGUGCCCGAUGCAACUACAGGGAUGAAUUUUACUCUCACAGGCUGCGAUGAUGGCUACAGCGCAACAAUAUUCAUCAAAACUGGACCAAAUGCUCAAUCCAAGCUGAUUGAAUAUAAGACACCUUAUAAAACGUUUGGUCCUUAUGAUAUGGGUGCAACUGAAGAUCCAUAUACAGCCCAAACGAUACAAUACAAGUGGAUGAGAACUUGGUGUUAG